UCUUGGGUAUAACAUGACGUAUCUUGCCUCAAUACGAGUCACUUUCUUCGUAGGUGUAGUGAAAGAGCCAACAGUCCUUGGUAGACGGUGAAAGCACCACGUGAAUUUAACUAAUUAUUAUUUUUAACGUUACUAACCUAAAACGUAAAUAAAUUCCGUCGCUGUGGUGUCGGUGCAAGACUGGAAUUGGCGAGUUUGUGUUUGCAAUUAUUGCGAUAAUUAAGUGUGAGUGAUGUGCGGACGAAAAUGCCAGUGAAUCCGAAAAUCGUACACGUGAUCUGCUUGUCUUGCCUGUUGGUUGUGCCGUCGACUAAGGGACUUAUAGCCACUGUCGAUAAAAACAAAUUCCACGUGACAAACGCGACCUCGCGAAUACCAGCCCGCAGCGGCAAAUUCCUCUUCAACCAACUCUUCGGCUUGACAUCAUUUCUAACAGGCGGCGUCGCCUCCCUCGACGACGACGACGACGACGACGGAGGAAAAACCAAAAACUGUACUUGCGACUUUUUUCCAGAAUGCGGCCAGACCAACCAAGAAAACCGAAUAGUCGGGGGGCGACCGACCGGCAUUAACAGGUACCCAUGGGUUGCUAGAAUCGUGUACGAUGGGCACUUCCACUGCGGGGCGUCGCUGAUCACCCAGGAUUACGUUUUGACGGCCGCGCACUGCGUACGAAGGCUGAAGCGGUCGAAAAUUAGGAUUAUCCUGGGGGACCAUGACCAGUCGACGACCGAAGACACACCGGCGAAAAUGCGGGCCGUGUCCGCCAUAAUCCGCCACAGGAAUUUCGAUCAAGAGUCGUAUAAUCACGACAUCGCGCUGCUGAAGCUGCGGAAACCGGUCGAGUUUUCCAAAAAUAUUCGCCCGAUUUGUUUGCCCACAGGAAAAGACCCCGCCGGCAAAACCGGCACGGUGGUGGGCUGGGGCAGGACGACCGAGGGCGGCAUGCUGCCCAACGUGGUCCAGGAGGUGGAGGUUCCCAUCCUGACGCUAUCCCAGUGCAGGGCCAUGAAAUACAGGGCGUCCAGAAUAACUUCGUACAUGCUGUGCGCAGGAAGAGGUGCCAUGGAUUCGUGUCAGGGCGACAGCGGCGGACCACUAUUGGUUCCAAACGGAGAUAAAUACGAAAUUGUAGGAAUCGUGUCGUGGGGAGUGGGCUGUGGACGUCCGGGCUACCCAGGGGUGUACACGAGAGUCUCCAAAUAUCUUAACUGGUUGAAGUACAACCUCGACGAUACCUGCGUGUGUUCAUAAUGUAUUUAUUUUAAACAUUUUACGAAAUAAAAAUUCGAAAAGA